GUUGAAUUAAAUUAGUUCAAUUAUAAUAGGAGUGUUAGUGUUUUUAAAUGUAUGCAUGCAUUUUUAGUGUCAUUCCAGUGUGAAGAUUGACUAACAAGACUUGCCUUGAAUAGAUAAUUAAGAUUAAUUGAACAUCUUUCGAUUCCUAGUUAAAUAAAAAUGGAGGUAACUGGAUUUGUUGGAUUCGGAGAUAUAAAAGAUAUAUUCUUGAAGAAAAAUACACAAAAGAAAUUACAUAUUGGUACAGUUAUUUACGAAUUAAAUACUAAAAGAGAAUUCUUAAUUGGUAAAUAUAAUUUGAGUACAUUGCACGAUUCUAAAGUGAAAAUAGUUCAUCAUGAAGACAUUUCACCAAAGAAGAUAGAUGAAUAUUUAAUGAAAUCCGAUGUUGGAAUUAAUGUCGAUGUGUUGAAUUAUAUGAAUAAAUACAAUUGGAUGUCUGUAAGAAACUGGGGUUUUCCAUUAAAUUUAUUUUCUGAUGACGAAUCUUCAAGCUAUGAUGAGUCUUCUUCAUCAUUUGACUCCAUUGAUAGUACAUCAGACCAGGAGUUAUCUGAUGAUUCCAUUGAUGACAAUUCCUAUUACGAUUUGAAUGGAUUGAAAAGAUUCUUAAAAUGUUACACAGAGUUAGACGAAGAAGAUGGAGUUCCCUAUUCCGAUAGAUAUUUCGAAUACUGUUUCUUCGUCAAUGACGAAAAUCUCUUGGACACAUUUUACAUAGAAGAAGAGAAAUUAAUAAGAAUAGAUGAUGAAAAAGUUAUUGGUUACAUUUUCAAGAUUACAAAUGAUAAAUGGAACUAUGGUUGUCUUUUUCAAGAUAGAACUUCUGGCAAAUAUUUUGCUAUGGUACUGGAAGAAAUGUAUACAAGUACAAUAAGGAUGGAGGAUGAUGUUGAACAUGUCUGCGAGAAUGAAAAAUUUCAAGUUAAUUUUGAUGAUUUUUGUAUUUAAAUAUACAUUUACACUUUGUACGAAAAUCACUUAUUAAUUUUAUAUUAAGAAUAUUUUAAUUUCCACUUCAGUGAAGAGUAAUAAACCUUCCUUUUCUACUUGAUGGAUAUCUCUUCUUUGAAC